AUGUCCGAUAUCUCACUGAUUAUGUCCCCUCCUUCUUCUGUUAUGUUCAUGUUCUCCAUUGUUGCUUAUUUUUCUGUUGGUGUGUUAAAUUGCUCUCGCAAUUAUGAUCUAGGUGGGAUGAAGAUUAACGUCUCCCCACAAGAAUGCCGCUAUUGCUGUGUGUCUUCUGGAGUUUCCAUUGAUGUGGAUGGAGUCAAUUCUCUUAUAUCUUCUGCAGUGAAGCACAAAAUUGAAGUGCUUAAGCUUUUGGUACAUGUAAAGCCUUUGUUUGUGUUACCUAACUUCUGCUCAGCUUCUGAUACAUUGAAUAAGCUGGUUUUAGAACCACACUGUGUUCUAGAUGUUGCUAGUGGAAUUUAUUUCUCUAGCCUGAAGACAUUAAAGCUCUCAUGUGUUACCUUUGCAAAUGAGAAGUCAGUUCAACAGCUUUUCUCUGGGUGCCCUGUCCUACAAAAGUUAAGCUUGUGUAAUUGUAAUUGGUGUAACAUCAAGCAGAUCAGCAUUACAACUCCCACAUUAAAGAUAUUAACCAUCUUUUCAGGCCUCAGUGUUUAUAUGAAUUCUACAGUCAAGAUUGAUGCUGUGAAUCUUUUAUAUUUCAGUUACACAGGCUAUUCAAUGGUAGAUUUUGUCCUUGUUAACCUGGCCUCCAUAGUUGAUGCACGUGUUGAUUGUUUCUAUCCAUUAUUUGGACAUACUAUUGGUACCCCUGUAUCUAAACUAUUGGGUGGACUUGGUAGCAUCAAAUCUCUUAGACUAUCAAAUGACACUCUUCAGUGUCUUUUGCUUGCAAAAUAUACGCGCCAUCUCCUUCCUAUGUUCAACAAUUUGACACAUCUUCACGUCGAUUUGGGAGCUUCCGAGUUCACUAGUGAAGCACUAAUGAACAUUCUCCAAAAGACACCUAAAUUGGAAGUUCUUCAUAUUCCACUGAUCUGCUUGGAUGCUCAAGACUGGAUAUUGAACUCAGUACCUUGCUGUUUCAAAUAUAGUCUCAAAUUAUUUUGUAUUUCACAUUUUCGUGGGCGUGUAGCUGAAGUCCAGUUGCUGAAGUUUUUUUUAGAAAAUGCCGCAGUUUUAGGGGAGAUCUGGAUAUUCUGUUCGAAAACUUUAUCUGUUAAUUUGAAGAAGCAGGCUGAGGUGAGCAAUCAGUUGCAACCUGUAUGCCCAGGAACUUGUGUCAUCAAGUUUCAGUAAAUCUUCAUUCUUUCUUUUACUUUUUGCAAAAAGGGAUUCAUUUAUGUAUGGUGUAACUUCAUUCUAAAGCUUGAAUUGUUGUUAGCUGAAUUCGCUUUACAUGGUUAGACUAACAAGAGUGGUUUAUGGGACAUGCACUUUACGAAAU